AUGUUAAUUGCAUUUUUCGUUUCAAAGGGCCUGAUUCACUGUGAAUUUGUUUCAAAUGGACAGACGGUGAAUGCUAAAUUUUAUUUAGAAGUGAUGAAGCGUCUAAUGCCCCGUAUUCAUCGAAUCCGACCCGAAUACCGCCUUCCAGGCAGUUGGACUCUUUUGCAAGACAAUGCUCCAGCAAAUACAGCGACACUUUUAACACGUUUUUACGCUGAAAAUAAAAUUAUCGUCCUCUCUCAUUCACCCUAUUCACCAGAUUUGGCUCCUGCAGAUUAUUUUUUAUUUCCAAAGCUCAAGUUGAAAAUAAAAGGUCACUUUUUUGACGACAUUCCUGCAGUUCAAAGAGCUUGUACAAAGCACAAAGGCAAUUUUGUAAAAUGA